UCCCACGCCACGAAACCUUUUCUCUUGAAGACAAUCAAGGCGCAGAAUACUUUAUAUUAUCCCCCCUCUCUCUCUCUCUCUCUACAAACCCUAAUCCUUUAUUUUGAUUUUCCGUAUAAUCUUCACCCCUGAAAGAGAUCCGUUUCUCCCGAUUAUCUUGCUCCGUAUUGCCGAUUUCAGCCGAUUUUUUUUGUGCUUUAUGGAUUCUGGAUCGUCCAAGGGAUUCGAUUUUGCAUCCGACGACAUUCUUUGCUCUUACGAAGAUUACACAAAUCAGGAAAAUUCCAACGGAACUCACUCAGAUUCUGCGAUCGCUACGAAUUCCUCUAAAGAAUUCAACAAAAGCAGGAUGAGUAGACCAUCAUUCCCGGUUUCUUCAUAUAGUCCACCAGAUGAUUCUGGUAACCAAGAUGUGGUUGUUGCUGCUGUUGAGAGAUCCAUGAAGAAACAUUCUGAAAAUUUGAUGCGGUUUCUUGAAGGGCUUAGCUCACGUCUUUCACAGCUGGAAUUAUAUUGCUAUAAUGUGGAUAAAUCAAUUGGAGAGAUGCGCUCUGAUUUAGCACGUGAUCAUGGAGAAUCAGAAACAAAGCUUAAGUUUCUUGAGAAGCAUCUUCAAGAGGUUCAUAGAUCAGUUCAGAUCAUAAGAGAUAAACAGGAACUUGCAGACACCCAAAAAGAACUUGCUAAGCUUCAACUUGCACACAAAGAGUCUGAAUCUCAGAAAACUGAAGAGGUUUCCACACCUUCUUCUGAUAAAAGGAAUGACAAUUUUCCAGAAGGACACAAUCAGCAACUAGCUCUUGCUCUUCCCCAACUCCCUGCACCACCACCUGCUGCCCACCAACCGCCCAUGUCUCAGCCACAAACAUACUAUCUAUCUCCAGCACCAACACCAAAUCACUACCUGCAACAAGACCCACAUUACCAGACCCAAGUCACUCAACCACCACCGCCACGCUCCCAACUCUCUCAGCCACCACCACCACAAUAUCAGCAGCAGUGGGCCCAGCAGAUGCAGCCACCGCCACAGCCCGCCGUAAGACCGCCAUCACCUGCUCAAGUUUUCCCGCCUUAUCUCUCUAGUCAACAAGUCAACUCCCCCGCCCCCGAAAAUCUCCCAAACAGUAUGCCAAUGCCGCCUUACUCCGGUGUCCCGCAGCCCACCUAUGGCCGGACAAAUCCAGGUCAGCCACAGCCACAGCCACAGCCACCACCGCAGCAUAUGAAGCCGGGGUUUGGAGGUCAGGCGGCAGAUGGGUAUGCCGCCAGUGGGAAUGCUUAUAUGAUGUAUGAGAGUGAAGGGGGAAGAGUUGUUCCCCAACAACACCCUACCCAUUCGACCCACUUCCCCCAACCCGUUUACCCGCCAAGUCAGCAGCAGCAAAGCAGUGGCGGCAGUAUGAUGGCAAGGCCACCACCACAGUUCAUGCGCAGCCACCCUUACAAUGAACUGAUUGAUAAGUUAGGGAGCAUGGGGUACAGAGGUGAACAUGUGAUGGGUGUCAUUCAGAGGCUUGAGGAGAGUGGACAGACUGUUGAUUUCAACACAGUGCUUGAUAGGCUGAAUGCGCAUCCGUCUGGAGCCUCACAGAGAGGAUGGUCUGGUUAAACCAUUUUUUUUUUCUGAUUUUGAAAAUUAGACCAAAAUACAAGAAAAAACACAAACUACUUUGACCAAUUUUAUUAAUUUGGUUUUCAAAGUAUGUUGUGGGUUUCUGUAUUUUGUUUCUUUUUCAAACUGGUUGCAAUUUCCAUGACAGAUAUUUCGGCUUUUUAGCAGCUUUAGUGUCUACGAGUGCAGAAUAAAUAUAUAUUAUGUCGAUAUGAUUGUCAUGGUGAUUUGGUACAUAUGGAUAUGGAUGGAUGGAGAGAUUAUGUUUUAGUUUCUAUUCUCUCCUACUUUCAAAAUGUCAUCUGAUAUUGUUUUAUAAACCGUUUUUUUUUUUAUUUCUUGUGAUUUGCCUUAA